AUGGCAGCACCAUCGAAUAACGCUGCGGCCGACGCCGUUUCGGCAUCUUCAGCCUUCUCAUACGCACAAGCAGCAAAAGGAAAGUCCGCUCAGGAUUCCGGCAAGGCGUCUGCGAAGGAAUCCAAUAGCAGCGGCACUACAACACCGUUAACAAGCACCGGCUCUGCAUCUGCAAAGACUGCUGGCGAGUCGUCGGAUCGCUCAACGGAUCGUUCGAACACAACGGGAAAUCGAACUUCUUCCUCAUCUCGAGCCCGGAAUUCAAAUGCGCGGAACAGCCCCUCGGCUCCCUCUUCACCUAGUUAUGGGUCAGCAUCGGCGUCAACCCUGCUGAAGGAGGACGAUGCUUCUUCAACCCCAAAUGCUUCUUCAGAGUCCACCUGGGAUAACAAAUCUCAAGCUUCCAAUACAGCUGAGAAGCCCCAUGACCGCAGCAACUCCAAGGAGAAAACAAAAGAUCAUGAUGCGGACAAGCCACCUGCAAAGCUACUGCGCGAGGCACCACCUCCGGCGGUUAAUUUUUGGCAGCAGCGCAAGGAGGCGCAAGAAGCCAAGACUAAACACACUGCACAGAGUACUUCAACUCCUGCUGCCAAAGCCGCGUCUACUGACGGAUCAAACCCCACAACCUCGACUGGUCAAGUGAAAUCGGGCUCGGAUACACGAAGAAAGAGUAAAUCGGAGGAAUCAAAGGAGAAGAAGAAGGCUGGCGAUGCCGUUGGUCGAGGUCGUGACGAACAGUCCAAAAAGAACAACGCUCGUACCCGCGUCGCUGGAGACAAGGCCAGAGAUCAGUCUGCUUCGCUUGCCCCUCCCCCGGUUGACGACUCAAUGUCAUGGCCUACGCCAGAAAGCGCCCAAGAUGAAGGCCGAAAGAAGGCCCAAGACAAGGAAACUGGUGAUAAAGAGAGGAGCCCAGUGCGUGCACCCAAGACCCACGGCAAAGAAAAAUGGGUUCCGGUUCCGUAUACGCCUUCAGUCGUCUAUAACACACCGCUGCCGACGGCUGGACGUCGAGGUGGUCGAGCUGCUCGUGGAACGAAGGAGGGAGCACGUGGUGCCGCAAAUUCCGCAAAUGGAAAUAUCUCUGCUGAGAAGCCCGUGGUAAACGCUAACGGGACACCCAACGGUACGAUCUCUGUCGACUCUGCCGAGCGAGGUCGGUCUGAAAGCGCGCAGCAACGUCCGAUCUCUAACCCAGGCAAAUCGAAGAGAGCUUCUAGCGCUGGUCCCUUCCAGACACGUGAGCAGCGUCGCGCAGGACCUACCGCCGGUUCAGACAAGAAUAAAGAGGGCGACGCGGUAGCUGCGAAGGAGAACGAAGGUGGUGCUCCCACGUCCCCCGUCGCUCGCAGACUAUCUGCAGUUGCUCAGUCUGACGGCGCCCCCAAGGUUCGUCAUGACACAUGGCAAAAUCGAGCAGAAGGAAAUGCAAUCGCCAACUCUCAACUCAAUGGUGACCGCAACGAAAAAGGCACAGGCAAUGGACGGCAGAAUAACUCUCGGCAUCCAAGUACUGACAGACGUACCGAUGGAUGGAGCCGUCCCGCCGAGCUCAGCAAGGAUGCGAACGCGCAUGGGGCACCAAGGGAGAGUCGGCCAGAACGAGGUCGCGGCGGUUUUCGCGGAGGCAGAGGGGGUGGAGGCAACAACGGCUUUGUGCAUCCGCAUCAUCCCAACCCUAAUCAGUUCUCCAACGGUAUUGCGGCUCAGGGCCACAAUGUUGGUCAAUUCCAGUUUCCGAAGGCUCCCUCGUACGCAUCCCAGCAAUCUCAUCAAAAUGCUCAGUAUGCUCCGAAUCCCCAAGCUAGAGGCCAUCGCGGUGGUCCUCGAUCUCAGUCUAUUCCCAAUAGUGGCAUGAUGGGCAGAUUUCCCUCUGCUAUGCCUGCUGGUCCACCGCAAAUGGCCCCAUUGCAAACGCACUUUGGUCCAUUUUAUGAUUACCAGAUGCAUCCUAUGAGCGCUGUACCGUAUAAUCCUUUCUUCGAGCAAUAUUCCGUGAUCAGCAUGGUCUCUAUGCAACUGGAAUACUAUUUCUCAGUCGACAACCUCUGCAAAGACAUGUUUCUCAGAAAACACAUGGAUUCCCAAGGUUUUGUCUUUUUGAGCGUCAUCGCCGACUUCAACCGCAUGAAACAACUCACCCAGGACCUUGAGCUUAUCCGCUACGUUUGCUUCCAGUCACGAACAAUUGAAUUCCGGACUGGUCUCGAUGGCAUCGAUAGACUCAGGCGCCGAGAUGGCUGGCAGCAGUGGGUAUUGAACAUGGAGGACAGAGACCCUUCGGCUCAAAAUGACGGACCUGCCCAGAUUCAACAGCCGCCCACUCCUCACCCCCAAGGCCUGGAGUCGCAAUAUUUUGAACAUCCUCGCCAAGGUUCUUUGCCCGGCGAAUAUUCCAACGGUGAUUGGUCUGCUCAGGUGGGUCAAUACCAGCCUGUGAAUGGCUUUGCACCGGGCUUUGUCCCUGGUGCCUCGGACACGCAACAAGACGGUGUCCCAGGUAACACAAAUGGUCGCGCGUCAAACCCAUCUGGACUCUCAGCAACCGUUCCCGACUUUGCUCCUACUGGGUUCCCUGGGGAGUCCAAUGAUGCGUCGCCGCCGGAAUCUGCCAAAAAUGAUUCGAAUACAUUUUCCGACUCUCAAGUCGACAAUCUUAUGAUUAUUGUACGAAAACAGUCGCAGAAUGGAAACAGUCACAAGGGCCCUAAUGGUGUGGCUGCUGACGUAAGGAAUAGUGAGGAAGGGCAACACGGCACUGUGCCGGCGGUCAAUGGAUCCUCCAAGUCGGACAACCUUGACAGCGAGAAGAGCGUGAAAGACCCAAGAUCACCUGCUCGACCACAAAGCGGAAACCGCUCACCUGUGUUCUGGGUCAAGGACCAGGAAUCACCAACUGAUUCGCUCCCUAACGAUUUGACGCACGAGUCCUAUAAUGCAUUUCGAAAACAAGCACUCAAUCAGCGCGACGGCACACCUGUCGGGGUCUGUCAUCACGACAUGGAUGUCUUGUAUCAGUUCUGGUCACAUUUCCUUCCAAGAAAUUUCAAUUUGAAGAUGUAUUCCGAAUUUCGACACCUCGCUCUAGACGACGCCAACCAAAGACAGUCAUAUGUUGGCCUCACCAACCUGAUACAGUAUUACGAUCAAGCCCUUAAUAGUCAGCAGACAAUUGGUGAGGAGAUUGCGAGGGAUUAUGUCGAUUUAAUUUCAAAAGAGGAUCCUUCCAAAGAUCGCCCUGGCUUUGAUCGCCUCAGGGCAGCUUGGAGGAACGGCGCCCUCAACAUGAAAAAUCGGAAGAAGAUUGCCAACAUUGUCAGUCAAGAUCUAAAGGCUCAACUUGAGCGCUAA